AAACUUUAACUCCGAAUAUUUAUAAUAUUUAAUUUACUUUAUUUUUGCAACAAAGAUUAAUUCUAUCAAUUUAUAAUUCUAUUCUCAUCUAGGAAGUGCCACGCUGUAAGAUAACAAGACAAAAUGUUCCACCCCGACUCUCGAUUUUAAAUCGAACAAAAUUCAAGGGUAGGUUUGUGAAACAGUGUCUAUCUUCUUAUCACAGAAUCUACGUAAUUAAAGAUCCAUAGGUAUCUGAAAUGUAACUUGCUCACUAAUGUUUAAAUUGUCAGUAACAUAUCAUGAUUUAUAAUAUUAUAACUCCUUGUGUGCUCUCUGUUUGGGUGUUAAGAUGCUUUCAUAUCAGCUGUAAGAGUAUGACGUGGUUUUAAUAGCUUGCAUUUCCCUUCAGGGAGAUUAUUUAUGUAUUUUAAUCAUAAUUCUAUUAAGCCUAGUUAGUGCAAACUCAAAUUAAAAUGACGUUUUACAAUGACAAUCCUGUCCCAAAAGGGCCACCUGAUUUAUGUUUUGAUACAAGUUCAUUUAUUAGGGAUUCCUUCUCAGUUGACCAGUUUCUACAAGAUCAUAGAAACAAAGCUACAUUGGAAAUUAUGAGAGAUGAUUUGGGGAUGUAUUUGAAAGUUCUUCGAUCAGCAAUGAUUGAUCUUAUCAAUAAAGACUACGCAGACUUUGUAAAUUUAUCAAGCAAUUUAAUUGGUUUGGAUAAAGCAAUAAAUGAUAUACAGUUACCCUUAGGUCAAUUACGUGAGGAAUUAUUGGAAAUUCGCCAGAGUUUAGAUGGUGCAGCUGAAGAAAUAUCAUCCCAACUCUCUCAUAGAAGAGAAUUGAGAGAACAUAAAAGAAGUCUUAGAAGUUUAAGUCGUGUGCAUACAUCUUUAAAAAAGCUUCGUCUGAUUUUAUUUUCUUUAGAAGAAAAUGGAAAAUCUGAAAUUCAGUUAUUAGAACGUGUUGUUUCAGAAUACAGUCAUAUUCAAUUCCAUAUAUCCAGAUGCAAGAAAGACCUCUCAGAUAAUGAUAAUGAGAUAUUUGAUAAGGUAGGAAGAACUUUAGUGCAGUGUGUAGAUAAUCUUUUUCUUGAAGCUUUAUAUAAAGGCGAAAAAGGAAAAAAUGAACUGCUCUGUGCUUUGUCACUUUAUCAGGCUCUAGACAAACUAAGUUCUGCUGAAAGACUCUAUCGUAAACAGGUUUCAUCAGCAAUGGAAAAUCUCAUUUCAGAAGAAGCUCUUCGUUCCUCUCCUACUGGCUUGCCUGGUCUCUAUAAUAGAAUACUGUCUUUUCUAGACACAGAAAUGAAAUGUUUAUGUGAAAUUUCUGCCAUUUUCAACAAGAAUUCUAAACAAAACAAGUGUGACUUCUUUUUAAGAAGUUUUUGGCCUGAAGUUGAAGAAAGACUGGAAACAAAUUUGACUUCCAUUUACUCACCUGGAGAUCCUGAUAUAUUUUAUCAAAAAUACACUGAAACAUUAACAUUUUUGGAAAAGUUAUUAAAUCGUUGUGAUGCUCCCCAUUCAAUACAAGAACUUCAAGGACAUCCUAACUUUCUACAUUUUAUGGAACGAUGGGAUUUACAUUUGCCAGUGUAUUUUCAGAUCAGGUUUCAAGAGAUUGUAAGGGACUUGGAAAUAUCUUUUCAAAGCGAUGAUUGGUUAUCAAAAUCAGAUAAAUGGAAACUAUUGGCCACUGAAACCGUUUGGAAAUCCUUAAACAAAUGUUGGGAAGAUGGUAUUUUUCUCCGGUCUAUUGCUCACAAAUUCUGGAAACUGAGUUUACAAAUAAUAUCAAGAUUCACCAGAUGGGCAAAAAGCAUUGCUCAUCAUCCAGAUAAUACAAAAACAGCAGAUGUAGAUUUUUUAGUAUUUUUAUAUAGUGAUAUACAACAGCUUCAUCAUAUGUUACCAGAAUUUAAAAAGUUUGUGAUUGAAAAAUUAUUUAAAAUCAGCGAGCAAACUCUACAAUUGCUAACACAAAGCCUGGAAGAAAGUGGAUAUGAACUGGAAAGCCAAUUAGAACUAUUGAACGAAGCUAUUAUCAAAGCAUUAAGUGGAAACAGUGCAUUAUUGAUCAGGCAGGUUAAUGACAUUCCAAGAUUGUUUAGGCGGACGAACAGAGAACCUCCAACAAAACCUUGUACCUAUGUGGUAAACAUAUUAGAAACUCCUGGCCAGUUUUAUGAGAAACAUAAAAGUCAUUCGAAGACAAUCGUUUGGCUGACUACAAUGUUUUCUGUCAUUACUAAACAGUAUUACUCUUCUGUAUCAGAUGUACUUGAUUCAGUUCAAAAGACAGAAGAGAGUUUACGUAGAUUAAAAAAGGCAAGAGAUAGAUCAAGCAACCUCGUUCCAAAUGACAGGAGGGUUGAAGAUGAUAAUAAAAUAAGAUUGCAAUUGCUGCUAGAUAUAAAUGCUUACGUUAAAGGGAUAGAAACAUUUGGAAUCAAUAAGAUAGACAUUGAAAAGCUCACUGAUUUACUGCUUUUAGUUGAAGCCACGCAAAAGCCAUAGUAUAAACUAAAAAAUAUGGCCGGAACAAUUUUGUCUAAUAUAAGCCAUUAUAAGUGCAUUAUUUGUAUAUACAUUAUAUAUUCAAUAUAGUUUUGAAAUAAAUAUGUAUAUUCUUAUUUUUA